AACAGAUAUAUUAAUGGAAGUCGUGAGAUCGAGAACAACGCGAGUGGCUGGAUUAUUGUUGAAAUCACACGGUUACACCAUUGUCGAUAAAUUUGCACGUCGAAAUAGCUCAGAAUUUCGUUAAGUUUGGACUGAAGCAAGGACCUUUUCGCAGGCAAAAAUGCGUAUUAUCCUUAUGUUCCUCAUUAUAACGUGCGGCUUGAUCGCGGAGAUGUCUGCCAACUAUCUAAGGGAGAGAUUACCAAAUCUACACAUAUGUCCAAGAUCGCAGCUCCAAACAUGCUUACCGCAAAGCUUGGAUUCGAUGAGGCCUUACUUAGCACAGGGUGUUCGGCGUUUGGGCAUACCCUCUUUCGAGCCAUAUUAUAUGGAAUUUUAUAAGAUAACCUCUAGGAACCGGUUUAUUCCCUUGUUGAAGUUUAGAGAUACAUUUGUCAACGGUAUAUCAAACUUCACAAUAAGUAACGUCAAAAUUGCCAACAGGAAAGAGUAUAUUCAGUUCUUCGCGCACUUUCCAUUCGUCAAUGUGUCCACUAAGCUCGACGGAUACAGUUCGCUUACAAUACCGUUCCUUAAAAGUAGCAGAUACGAUAUAAAUAGCAAUUUCUCGGACGUCACUGCUGACAUUACUAUACGAGGAACGAAAUUUGAGUACGAAGAAGACAAGGAACAAUAUUUCUCCGUGGACAAUGUUACCGUGGUAUUCAGAAAUAUUGGAGAAAUGACGACUAAGAAAAAACAAAGAGGUACUCCCGCAUAUCUAACUCAAGUGGUAAAUGAUUAUCUUCUAAGAGAGUGGGAAGCAUUGAGAUCAGAAUUAAACUAUCGUCUCGAAGAAGUCGCAGCUGAAAUUAUCCAGACCGUCUCGAGUAGAAUCUAUACGAAUUUCCCACUUAAUAUGUUAAUGACUCGCUAAAAUAUUCUGUGGUUUUGAUUUUAUUAUCGUGACGAGGAAAUUAAUUAUUUUAUAGUGAAUGUUACUCGCUAGCACAAUGAGUUGUGCACUAAUUAUUUAUUAUUUUAUAUCGAAAAUUAUUUAUUAUUUUGUUAGGAAAAUUAGUAUACGCUGCUUUGGAAAAUUGCUUUUUUUCUCGGGUCAAAUUUUGUUCGCAUCAAAUGCGAACUAGUGCUCGCAGGUUUGUAGUUAUGAUAGAAUUCGCUUGAUAAUACACGAUGCACAUAGUGUCUUUUUUAUCCCCCGGAUAAAAAUAUGAUAAAAAUACCUACGUUUUUCGCGGGUUCUUCGUUAUAUUUGUAACAUUAGCAAAAUUCUUGUAUACUGUCACUUCGGCUCUCAUCAUAACCGCGAUCAAGUUCGUGAUCAAGUUCGCGAGUUAUCGUUCGCAAUCAUGACCAUUUCACGCUAUCAAUUUUAUCGGAAAUAAUGUAUACAGAUCCAUCUUAGACCUAAAAAUUUAAGAUCUUACGCAAAGACGAUUGUAGACUUGGAAUUGAUACAAUUUGAACAAUUUUUUCUCGAUGCAUUUUACACCAGUCGAUAGUUCAAUAAGACAAAUUAUCUUUUUACAGUCCGAAAAUAAAUUCUUUUUUUGAAGCAUCAGCUGUAUUUUAAACAGUAUAUAGAACAAUUUUGUCGUAACUAUAAAAUAAAUUCGGAUAUAUAAUUACUCGGAUACGCGUAUACUUGAACAUUCCUAGAAAGAAAAGAAUAUUUGCAAUAGGCGAGAUAUUUGUUUUCCUAGCAGAUGAAAAAGAGAUUCGUGUUAACACGUUUGCAAUAUUGAUAUUUUAUCUUCGUGAAAAUAACGGCGCUUAAACUAUACAAAUUUAUUUGUAAUUUCAACAAACACAAUAAAGAGUUAUACACGUA